UAACUCAUUUACACCCACUCUUCCCUUCCUUUCUCACUCCCAAUUCCAAUGAAUUUUUUUGAUCGAUUUAGCAUCUGGUUUUUGAUCAUUUGCUUGAUUUUAAAUUUGAGUCAUGGGUUUUACCUCCACGGUAGUUACCCCCAAAGUGAAUUCUCUUACCUAAAUCGAUAUUGAAAUGUCGUUCAAUAUAUUUUUCUCACUGAACUAUCUUCAUGGAAGCGAACCCCAUCAUUCAUUGAACCCCAUCUCAAUCGAAUGCUUUAUCAUUGGAAUCGUUGAUGGUAAAAUUAUUUUCCAUCGCCUCUUAUUAUCCAGGGCCUACCUCUGCCCGACGAACCAACAGAUCAUCGAUGUAUCCGCCUCCGGUCAGAGAUCGUCGAAACAAACAGCCCGACGAACCAAAGCUUCGUCUCACUUUCCCUCUCUCUCUCUCGUGUCUCCCUCUUCCCCUUUCGACCAAGGCCACAUCGCCAUCUUUAGCAAAACACAACACCCCAAGGUUGUCUAUCUCCUUCUUGAUCUGUUCUGUCUGUAUACUGUUGGAUAUUUGAUCGGUUGAAAUUCAUAUCAAGCUCCUUUGAGCGAUGGUCUUAGGGAUAUAAAGUUGUUCUUCGUGCUAUCAAGUCUAGGAAAUUCAAUGGUUUUACUCUCCUGAUGUUGGACUUAUUCAGAAAAGAGAGACCUGGUAAUUUUUGUUGGAUUCAUGUUAGCCUUGUGCCUGUUUUGAAUGUGGUUGGUGAACAGGCACUUGAUGAGAAUGUCAAGAUGAAGCUAUCUCAGUUUUGUCAUGUCUCAAAAGAUAACAUCAUCACUCUGUAUGACGUUUCAAACAUUUGGCAUAUUCCUCUUCUCCUAAGUGAUCAGAAGGCUCAUGAAGCCAUCUUCCAAGUUCUGAACCUUCAAAGAAGCUUUUUGUGGAUUGAGUUGCAGCCACUGAUUAAGAGGAUGCAACAGCUAAAGAGAAUCCUGAUGCUUAUAAGGCUGUAUGAAAGGUUUCUUCUUGUAUGAGGUUAAUCCUGAAUUGGUUGGGCGUCUUGAAAAGGGUGGCUUGUGCUUUACAGGAAAAGAUAUAACAGGUCGAAGAUUGUAGAUUGUUGAGCUUAGGAACCAUCCAUACUAUGUUGGGGUUCAGUUUCAUCCAGAGUUCAAGUCAAAACCAGGAAAGCCUACAGCAUUGUUCUCAGGGCUUAUAGCAGCCUCAUGUGGGGAGCUAGAGAGUUUGGUGCAGUUUGAUCAGACCAACAACAACAUUUGUAACCCCUGGAGAAGAGACAGAGAGUUCCCUCGGCAUACAAUCCUUUCAUCAAGGAUGAGAUCCAACGCAUCAAGUCUGUGAAUCCUGAUAUUUCUCACAAAGAAGCCUUCAGUGCAGCUGCUAAGAAUUGGGCUCACUUUCCACACAUUCACUUUGGUUCCAUGCCUGAUUGGGAAGAAGACAAAUGUUCGCCAGGAGGAAGGAGAAGACGUUCUGAUGAAGGAUGGGUUUUUUGCAUCAGCCAAUCAAGUUGGUGUUUCUCCUUACUAAUAACAUAAACAUCAAUCGAUCGACUAAUAUUAAGCAUAUAUAUAUAUGUAUAUAUAUGGCCAAGAAGCUAGAGAUGAAGACUACGUACGAACGUUUAUUGAAAGACAACACUAUAUUUCAUGGUGACCCUACGUAGUAAUUAGUAGUACUAGAAGGAAGGCUUUUUAAUUUAAUGACGAUACUAUGUCUACUAAAAUGUCAUGUACUUUUUCAGUUCUCUUUUAUAUCUCUUUCUCUAAAA